GCACUUGAGUUCAUCAGUGAUUCCAGAAGUACAGAUGAAGAUAGUUUUUGGAGGAGAUCGGGGAGUAGGUGGUUUAGGUAUGAUCGAGAGUCUGAUCAUGGUCCGAGAGAGAAUAGUAGUUCUAUAUCUGAUCGAGCACUCCUUGGUUUCCUCAACAAUGCUAUGCCAGAAGAGAGACUUCCAGGCAGACAUCGUGGCACUCAGGGCAUUCUCCAAUGGAGAAAUCGCGGUUCAGCAUCUGAUAGAGUUUCCCAAGGGAGACGCCAGAGUUCGCAAGCUGACAGAACAUGUCGUGGCCAAGGUGGAUUGCGAUGGAGAACGCCAAGAUGGUACUCCAAUAAUGGGCAGUGAUUGGAGCACGUUGUUUAAUGAUUCUCACUGUCGCAGAGCUUGUGGGAUUGGGCUGGUACAAGCUUAUCUGAAUGAAAAUGGAGUUUUUGAGUUUGUUAUGGUGAUUCAAGCAGAGUAGGGAAGUUACUUUCUCUGAUCAUUCCGACUGCACAAGUUGGUAUCUGUGAUCAAGGAGAGCGGCUGCGAUUCACUCUGUUUUGCAGCGGUUUCACCUCUCCUCACUGCUGAUAUUGUAUCAAGCUCCACUACUACAACAAACUAGUCUAUUGCGAUUGACAACCUACUAAACUGAAAAUUGCAUUCUUUAUUUUCAGAACAUGUAAUACGACAUUAAGGGAUUUUGCGAGGUUCUACUUAUACCAUAUACCCCAGCAACCCAUUUUGUUAACUAUGUAGUUAUACAUAUGCAGCUUCUUGUUCUCUCUUUU